GUGUGUGUGUGUGCGUGUGUGUGUGUGGUUAUUAUUUCAAUUAUAAUCUCCACUUGUAACUGAUCCUUCUUAUCUUCUAGAUGUAUGUGUUUUCUCUCUCUUUCUCUGCAGCUUCCUUUAUCACAACAUACGCUUGUGUCUUUCUCGCUUUCUUUAUGGCUGAAAGGGCAGCUGAAGAGCGGCACUGCCUUAAGUAUCGUAAUUAAGUGCAAGCUUGACGCAUCAUCCUCCCCAUCCAUAAAAAAUCUGCUCUAUAUGACACCUCUCUCUUUUCUUUCAGGCAAUGAAAUUAUUUUAUAAUGGCUGGUAACUAGAAUUGUAGAAAUGGAAUGAUUUUUUUGGCGGGUUCAUUUCAUACAUCAGAUUAUUAUAGUUUUUUUUUUUUUUUAAGAAUUUUCCCUGUCAAAUUUCAUCCACUUGUGUGAGCUUAUAUUCUUAUAUAAACCAACAACAACAAAAAAACUAGUGAUGGUGCUCGAAAGCGUGGCUUUUCAUGGUGGUCCUCUUUUUGGAAGGAGAGGACGAUUUGUGCUCUUUGAAGUACGCUUGUUUACUGUUCAAAAUUUAACGGAAAACUGUAUUUUGGAAUCUGAAAAUGAGUUCCCACUAUUAUAUUUCACCAGCUUUUGAUUCAUCAAGACUCUCCCGCUUCUCUUCUUUCUUUAAUCCUUUUGUAUCUCUUGGUGACCAUGCAAGGUAAAGGAAGGAGGAAAGGGCUGUGUGGCUACUACUGUCUCUUAAUCUGGGUCUGCUUAUUUUAUUUUAUUUUGAAAGCCUAUCCAGAUUUUUCUGUUUUUACUGAUGUUUAACCUAACUAAUUAAUGCAGUACUUUAAAUUUUGGGUAUUGUGGAUUCGGGGAUUUUUUUGGUGCCUAGAACUCGUACUUGCAGUAGGAGAAAAGGGACUCUCCUGAAAAUAGGGUCAGCAAAUAAGGUGCCAAAUAUGGGAAAGUGUCUUUGUUUCCUCUUCUGGUCAGAUAUGCAUUAUUUCGCUCCCUUAAGUGGGGCAACGGACGGCUUCUGUCUCCAGCAGUCAGUUUUCGCGCAGGAAUUCGAUGGAAGAAGAAAAUGUGAGCUUGAUUUUAAAUGCAGAAACACCUGCAGUUGAAGAACUAUCAGAUUCAAAUAGCAGCACUCAACCAUUUCCACCAAGCAAGCGUGCAAGGUCUGGCUGUAAUGUUAGCGCUUCAAGAUUCAAAGGUGUUGUGCCACAGCCAAAUGGUCACUGGGGUUGUCAAAUAUAUGCCAACCACCAACGGAUAUGGCUAGGAACCUUCAAAUCUGAAAGGGAGGCAGCUAUGGCUUAUGAUAGUGCAGCAAUAAAGCUUCGGAGUGGCGAUUCAAGGAGAAAUUUCCCACCAACUGACAUAACUGUCGAAGAGCCAAAAUUUCAAAGUUAUUACAGCAUUGAAGUCGUGCUUGCCAUGAUAAAGGAUGGUACCUACCAAUCCAAGUUUGCUGAUUUUAUAAGAACAUGCUCCCAAAGUGUGGGGACUGCACUCAGCCUCAAGCUUAUGAUGCAGCAAAGUAGUGAAGGGCUAGCAUGUAAGCAACUCUUUCGAAAGGAGCUAACACCAAGUGAUGUUGGGAAACUAAAUAGGCUUGUCAUCCCUAAGAAAUACGCUAUUAAGUACUUCCCAAACAUUUCUGAAAGUGCUGAAGAAGAUUUGGCGGCUGACAAAGUAGUCGAUGUGAUACUAGCUUUCUAUGACAAGUCAAUGAAGUUGUGGAAAUUUCGGUAUUGUUAUUGGAAAAGCAGUCAGAGUUAUGUCUUCACAAGGGGUUGGAAUCGAUUCGUGAAGGAAAAAAAAUUGAAGGCAAAUGAUUCCAUUGUUUUCUGCUUAUGCGAGAGUGGAGAGACUGUAGAUUCCGCUGCUCAAACAUUCCAAAUGAUUGAUGUAAGCAACUGUGAAAACAGCAGUAACGUUGCAGAGUCAUCCAACCAAAGCAUUGCGUCCAAAGUUGAGUUGCAGCUUCUCCAAGAAGAAGGUAUCAAGAAGAAGGUCGAGGAAGACAGAAUGGUGCGAGCUGAUAAGACAACACAUGAUGCUGUGAAAACAGGCUUUAAACUCUUUGGCAUGCAAAUUAUGUAGAAUGACAUGGUUUCUUAGGGUUCUCUCUUCAGCCUUUUAGCGGGUUGCUAAGUUCAUUCCGAUGGCUCAGCUUUUUAUAUGAGCAAUUUUAACUACUAGAAAUUACCUUAAUUAUAUGGGACUUGUAAUUGGCAGCAUGGGUGGAUGCUAAAAUUGUCGGGCAAGAUCUUAGUGAUUGGCCAAAUUAUUAAAGGAAGCAGUUAAUGAUAUUA